GUGUGUUCAGCUGGUGGAUGCGGGCCGGCUAACCGGUGAGCCGUGUGUCCGAGCCGCGUUAGCCUCUUUCUGAAGGAGCUUCACACGCACGAAAAACGGGCGUGCCGCGCCGCUAACGCCGGCUACCCGGAAAGCCGCAAUGCCGGUCCACUCGCGGGAGAAGAAAGAAAGCAACCACGAAGAAAUGGAGGUGGAUUUUCCCGAGCAAGACGGCAGCAGCACAGACGAGGAGGACACCGUUAGCUCGUCCGUGUCCGAAGAUGGAGACAGCUCGGAGAUGGAUGAUGAAGACUGUGAGAGGAGGAGGAUGGAGUGUCUGGAUGAGAUGACCACACUGGAGAAACAGUUCACUGACCUGAAGGAGCAGUUGUAUAAAGAGCGUCUGAGCCAGAUGGAGAUCAAGCUGCAGGAGGUGAUGGCCGGCUGCGCUCAGGAGUACCUGGAGCCUUUGGCCAACCUGCAGGAGAACAUGCAGAUCCGGACCAAAGUGGCCGGUGAGCUGGCGCCCUUUUCCUCUCUGCACCUCUACAUCUGGAGCAGCCUGAGCACAAAACGUCUGUUGGUUGUUGUUGGUGUUUCUGCAGGGAUCUACAGGGAGUUGUGCUUGGAGUCGGUGAAAAAUAAAUACGAGUGUGAGAUCCAAGCUGCCUGCCAGCACUGGGAGAGUGAGAAGCUGCUGCUGUUUGACACGGUGCAGAGCGAGCUGGAGGAGAAGAUCAGAAGACUGGAGGAAGACAGACACAGUAUUGACAUUACCUCAGAGUUGUGGAAUGAUGGACUGCACACUCGGAAGAACAAGAAAAAGGACCCGUUCUGUCCUGUCAAGAAGAAGAAGCCAGUUGUUGUUUCUGGCCCUUAUAUUGUAUACAUGCUGCAGGAUCUGGAUAUUCUUGAAGACUGGACCGCAAUAAGGAAGGCCAUGGCAUCUCUGGGGCCGCACCGGGUCAAGGUGGAUGCCCCUGCAGCGAAGACGGACAGAUAUCACCACGUGGCUCGCUCCGAGGACGGUCGGCUUUUCUACGACAACCAGUGGUACUGCAGAGGACAGACCAUCUGCAUCAACAGGAAGGACGAGAGUCCAACGAGUGCCAUCAUCACCACGGUCAACAACGACGAGGUGUGGUUCAAACGGCUGGACGGCACCAAGUCAAAGCUGUACGUCUCCCAGCUGCAGAAAGGCAAAUACACCAUCAAACACUCCUAG